GGCAAACUAAGCCUGGGGUAGUCGAAACCGUUGCAAAGUCAGGGAUGGGGGGUCCCAGCGGCUGGACAGGGGAUGCAGCCCAGACCAGGGCCUUCAAGGGUCAGCCCCGCUAGAGUGGGGCCUGUGGUGGUGGGGAGCGAGCAGCAGACGGCGCCUGAACUUGAGCUAUGGGCUGCAGGGACUGGGAAGGCCAGAGCCACACGGAGGGUGAGAGGUCCAGGAUGCUAGAACCUUGUAGAGACGUGUCGCCGGUGGUGGCCGGCCUGGUCGGGGCCUCUGUGCUGGUGGUGUGUGUCUCGGUGACUGUCUUCGUCUGGACGUGCUGCCACCAGCAGGCCGAGAAGAAGCACAAGACCCCGCCCUACAAGUUCAUUCACAUGCUCAAAGGCGUCAGCAUAUACCCAGAGGCCCUCAGCAGCGGAAAGAAAAUCGUCAAGAUGCAGAGAGACAGAGAUGGCCCGGGGAGGGGAGGCGGGCGCGGGAGCCCGCAGGCGGGGGGCCCCGAGGCCGGCCUGCUGGGCCAAGACCAGGGCGCCGCGGCCCCGGGCUCCGGGGCUGGCAUGGGCCAGCUGCCCAUCAGAGUGGACGACGGGGAGGAGCCGAGGAGCCCCGUCCCAAGCCUGACCCCUGGGGAGAGCAAAACCACUUCUCCGUCGUCCCCGGAGGAGGACGUCACGCUCGGGUCCCUCACCUUCUCCGUGGACUACAACUUCCCCAAGAAGGCCCUGGUGGUGACCAUCCAGGAGGCCCACGGGCUGCCGGUGAUGGACGACCAGACCCAGGGCUCCGACCCCUACAUCAAGAUGACCAUCCUGCCCGACAAGCGGCACCGGGUGAAGACCAGGGUGCUGCGGAAGACCCUGGACCCCGUGUUUGACGAGACUUUCACCUUCUAUGGCGUCCCGUACAGCCAGCUGCAGGACCUGGUGCUGCACUUCCUCGUCCUCAGCUUCGACCGCUUCUCACGGGACGACGUCAUCGGGGAGGUCAUGGUGCCCUUGGCCGGCGUGGACCCCAGCACCGGCAAGGCGCAGCUGACCAGGGACAUCGUCAAAAGGAACAUCCAGAAGUGUAUCAGCAGAGGGGAGCUCCAGGUGUCCCUGUCAUACCAGCCGGUGGCCCAGAGAAUGACAGUGGUGGUCCUGAAAGCCAGACACUUGCCGAAGAUGGACAUCACCGGUCUGUCAGGUAACCCUUACGUCAAGGUGAGCGUCUACUACGGCAGAAAGCGCAUCGCCAAGAAGAAGACCCACGUGAAGAAGUGCACGCUGAGCCCCGUCUUCAACGAGUCCUUCAUCUACGACAUCCCCGCCGACCUCCUGCCCGACAUCACCAUCGAGUUCCUCGUCAUCGACUUCGACCGCACCACCAAGAACGAGGUGGUGGGCCGCCUGAUCCUGGGGGCGCACAGCGUCACGGCCAGCGGCGCCGAGCACUGGCGGGAGGUGUGCGACAGCCCCCGCAAGCCCGUGGUCCAGUGGCACAGCCUGACCGAGUACUAGCCCCGCACGCACCCUCGCCUCUGCCCCCGGGGCCGGGCCGGGCCGGGCCGGGCCGGGCAGGGACGGCGGGGACAGAGGUGGCGCAGACAAGUGGACUCGAAAACCGCAUUUUAGUCGUAGGACAAAAUUUCUUACGAGACGAACCCCACAGAGAACACCCAUGACCACAGCUGCGGAUCGGUUCUUAGCGAUGAUGAUUUUUCUCCUUUGCAAGGCACUAGAAAUUCUCUUUUUUUUUUUAACGGGGAAGAGAAGAGAGGGAGAGACCUCUACAAGUCUAUAUAUAACAAUGUAACCUUAUACUUGCAUGUCUAAUACAAACGAAGAAAUUAGUCUAACCGCCAAUAUCGAGUUAACAGAUUUUAAUCCAUGAAAAUUGUGUUUUGUGCCGACUUGUAUUUGCUGAUUCCCUGAAAUUGGCCUCUUUUUAUCGGGCUCCUCUGGAGAGUCACUCUCGCUCCCCACCUCUGCAAAGAAUAUUCUGCUCUUGUGGAAGCCGUCAUCGUCCUCGUCCGCAUUUCCCCCCUUCUCCUUACUUCUCUGUUCUCUGACCGAGCGCAGGGUCCAGAGGUGGCAUGGGACAGGCAGGGCCGGCAGGGGAGCGCGUUUGAGAAAUGGGGUGUUUUUGCUGAUUGCGCUCUGCUGGGCUGACGGGGUACGUGGCAGCCUGUCAUUGAGGCAUGACGCCCGGGGCCGCACCAGGCUCAGGAGGGGGAGCUGGGCUUGCGAAACGCGAUGACGUCUCGGAAAGGGGCCUCGGAGACGGCACGCUCAGCUCUCGGGUGGUCCCCAGGGACACAUCCGCUGGCCCCAAACGCUGCUCGGCAGGUGCGAGGACAGGAGGCGAAGCGAGGUCACCGUGACCUCCCUUUGCAGCUCUGCACGGGAGUGACAGCCAUUCGCUGGCCGGCGGGCGAGAAGUCAUCAGAGUUCCGAAGGCUUAAACUGGCCUUUGCUUUUCCAGAAACUCUGACCCUGGAGAAGCUUCAGUCUUCUCGAGUAGCUUAGAUGCGGUUAACUUUGCUUCAUAAGGCAAAGGGCCUUUGAAAGUUCUUGGCCUUAAAUUUUUCAGUAACGGCUCUUAACAAGAACAGUGUGGCUAAGUGGGUUGUAGGGCGGCUCGGAUUCUUGCAAGGCGUCCUUGCCCUCAAAACAAAGUGCUCGGUUCUUGGAAGGUGCCAGUCUCAGGAUGAGGCGGAAGGAUGGGGAGACGCUGUUGCACCCUCCUGCUGCGGGGGUGACUGGGAGAGACAGACGCUGUGCCCUGCUGGGGGUAGAGGUCAGGCCUCCUGCUCCGAGUCGCUGCCACCGAUGGCAGGGGCUUCACUGCUGAUAGGUGAGCGUGGGUAGCAGCCCGGAUGUUUGCCGGCGGAAAAGGAAUUCGAAUCAGUGGCAGCGUGAAGCGAGGCCCGAGCAGUUGGCUGGGCCCAAAGGUCCCUGCCACUGUUUAACUUGCUUCUGAGAAUGGAGCUGGAAAGCUGUGUCCCCACCGAGAGAUGGGCCACGUUGCCUUUGAUGACCCCUCAGCUCUGGUGGAUUGGAAAACAACCCGUGACCCCCUGCCCCCCACCCCCCGCCACGGCCCAUCUGCUGUUUUUCUGCUCCUGGAUUCUCGACGACGCGGGCACAACGCCCGCGCGCUCAUCCUGGUCCCGGUCGGCCCCCCGCCCCCAGCUGACUCCCACCGCCGGCCGUUCUCUGGUACUCCAUGGACUGUAAAUACUGUAUCAUACGUAGAAGAAAAUAAUUUUUGUUUUCUAAAAAUGCAUUUCGAGAUAGUUUAAUGUACAUCCAACAGGAGCGCUCUGAAGCCCCACUAGGAAAAAAAUUCCACUGGUUCCUCUUCAUCGCCUUAAUGCGGAUCAGAAAUCCCUGGGUGGCCAGGUGCUGUCUCCUCCACGGAGACAAGGCAGAGUAGCCGGUGGCAGUCCGGUGGCAGUCCGGUGGCAGUGUGGCCUUGGCCCGCUGUGUGUGCCUCCCGAGUCCCUCCGGGGGAUAGCCUCAGCGCCCCCCACCCCUCGCCUCCCGGCAGCUCUAUCCCUGUGUCCUUCGGGUCUGCUGAGCAGUGGUGUGAGGUGACGGGGGAGGGACCCGUAGUUCUGUCGCCUGGGACCUGCCUCGGUGUCUUUCUCAGAAAAUGGCCAAGAGGCGGACGGGACAGGGUCCCUCCCUGCUACCUCAGGCCUGAGCCAUCGUGCCCUUGACUUUGCUGUCCCAAAGUUUCUUAGCCGACUUUGGCUUUCACAGUCGUUCCUCCCAGAGCUGAGAGUCGGCCGAAAGACAAGAGAGUCGCAUCCUAGCUUUUGCACAAGGCACUCGUGGCCAGGAAUAGGUUAGGGAAUGGCCACUUGUGAUUUUCCGAGCGUCAGCCCUUCCUUCUCCGCUGACACCUUGACUCCUUUGAGAAGACGAGAGUUUUUCUGAAUAACAAAGUCCCUCCUUUUCGUUCUUCUUGGCGGGGCGGGGCCCAGACGCACAGGCUUCUCCGUGUGAGACGAGACGCGGGACUGGCGGGCGGGCGGGCGGCUUGCCCGGGGCAGGGACCACGGCAAGUCCUCCUCCCCGGGAGGCUUUGCUCACGGCCACCAUAGUGACAUUUGUCUCGCCAUGGUCCUUCUCCACUGUGGUCGUCUUUCUUGACCUUGUGUCUUCUCUUGUAAAAACGAAACUCGAGAAUAAAAUAAACGUGUCAAAUUAAAACAGAAAAA